CCAUACACCACCCCUGAGAACGGAGGUAAUACAGAAACAAGGCUUACAUGAGAUUUGAGCCCCAAGGAGACGGAAUAGAUUCAGCUUUUUCUGAGAUUUUGUCGUUUUUUACUGUGGAUAUGGGAGGCAGUGAGGAGGUAGUGGUGACCGGGAUAAUGACCACCAUGCCCUUCCAAAGAGGCAAGCUGAAUCGGUUAAGACUGCGCUCGGGCCAUGGUAACAUCCGCAGAAUCAAGCCGCCAUCCCUCAAGAAAAAGAGAAGAGAUCCCAGCCCCACCGAGAUGAGCGUGGAGCCAUGGCCGAGCCCUCCGGACCAGGCAGCUGCUGAGCAAACCCAGGGCACCCUCCACAGCACGGCCUCUUCCACAUCGUCUGAAGAUCUCCUGGACCAACGCCCUGAUAAACUCUGCUUGGACGCCUUCUGGACUGAGGUGGAGACGAUCAGACAGGGAAGCGCUGAAGCAGACGCCGACCGAAGAGACUCGAAACAAUCUGAAGACGGUGAGCAGGAGGAGCAGUGGCUGGCUGACGCGGGCCUGUCCACUCUGAUCAGUGAAGACGGUGAGGACAGUGAGGAUGUGGACAAGGCCGCGCUGCUGUCCACCCUGACGAGGACACAAGCUGAAGCCGUGCAGCGUCGAAUAGAGUCCUACACUCUGUCCCUGCGUAAGAGAAACAAGCCCUCGCCCCGAGACGUCCGAGAUAUCUUCCACUCCCCCAUGUCCCAGACUCUUCGCCCUGAGUCCAAACGCACUGACGACAUGGCAUCUGUCAACAAAUCUCCUCUCACAGCUGUGACUUUAGAUCAGCGUGGAGGCCCAAAAGAUGAGAUUUUUAUCACCGAUGUCGCCUAUUGUGAACAAGCAGUCAUCCUCAUCAAACAGGCCAAGCUCCCCCAGACCACCCACCAGCGCCGCAAAGAGGACGGCACCCUGCCAAGAGUGGUCUGCCCCAAGUGCCGUUUAGGAGUGACCCGCAUCCAGGACUUGUCCCAGGUUGACAUGAAGAAAGUGAGACAGUUGGCUCUCAUCGACAUGACAGCACUUAGCGACCUCCUUGAGCUGGAGGUCAAGAGGAACAAAAGUGGAAAACGAAAAAUCCCAGAGAGCACUCUUUUUGGAGUUCCUUUGGCAGCGCUGCUCGAGAAUGACCAGAAAAUGAAGCCAUACACCUCCAUUCCUCUUUUUAUGCAGGCACUGCUGUCAUUUCUGGAGAGAAAGGGCUUAGAUUCGGAGGGGAUUCUGCGGGUCCCUGGCUCUCAAUCCAGAAUAAAGAGCUUGCAGCAGAGUUUAGAGAACACUUUUUACUCGGGACAGUUCAAUUGGGAUGAAGUGAGCCCAAAUGAUGCCGCUGCUCUCCUAAAGAAGUUUAUCCGUGAUCUGCCUGCACCGCUGCUCACACCAGAGUACCUUAAUACGUUCAGUGCUGUCAGAGACAUUACAGACUUGAAACAGAAGCUCCAUAUGUUGAACUUACUCGUACUGCUGCUGCCUGAGCCCAACAGGAACACGCUCAAGGCUCUGCUGGAGUUCCUGAGUAAAGUAGUAUCAAGGGAAAAGAAGAACAGGAUGAACCUAUGGGCUGUAGCCACCAUCAUGGCUCCUAACCUCUUCCUCCAUAAAGCUGUGCCGAGUAAACUGGCAGAGGGAUCGGAGAAGGGACAGGCCGAGAAGGCAGCGGAUGUGAUGAGGCUGCUCAUACGAUACCAGGACCUACUCUGGACGGUCCCAAACUUCCUCAUGAGCCAGGUGCGAAGGCUGAACGAAAACAGCAGCCGUCGAUACCAGUUUUACGAUCGACGCAUCAAGAACCUGCUGAGGAAGAUUCACACCGACAGCCGCGAGAAGCCAGAGAAAAAUGUCCCUGAGAUGUGCCGAACAGUGAAGAUCCAAGUUGGAGACACACAGACCAGCACGAUGGAGUUUCAUCUCAAUAUUAACUCACGGACCUCCGACAUCUUAGCUCAGUUUCAGCACCAGUUUCUUCGCAGCCCUGAAAACGGAAAGGGCAAAAUGCGAAGAAAUGGAUCCGUGGCAUACCCUGACUGCGCCCUUUAUGAAGUGGGAGGUAACAUUGGCGAGCACUGCCUGGAUCCGGACACACAUCUCCAGGACUUGUACAACAGUAACCCAGGAGGAGAGUGGGUCAUACGGCUAAAGCCCAACAGCAAACUCGUGUGAAGUGUGGACAUUCUCCGCAGUGACACGCAGCCAUCCCUCCUUAUGGACCUUUGGAGCCCCUCACAGCAACAGGGCACAUAACAGAUGGAGGACAGACAGGGACAGGCCUAAAGCUGAGCCUUAAGACACCCUGCUCCCACUACAUUUUGACUGUUUUUUUAGUUCAUCUGCAUAUUUCUGCCUCGUGUCUCACUGAGAGGCUGGGAGCAGAGUGCUGCUGACGCGAAUCAUUACUUCCAACAUUGAACCUGCUGCAGAGAAAAGCAAUCGUGGCAGCCAUUAUGGAGCAGAUGGGGCCAAGUGGAGCACCUCUGGGCGAAAACGAGGGGCGGUGCAAAGUUCCACCCCCAUCAGGCCUUGCUCCGCUCCACAAAUCACACAACGCCAUGUGUUCGCCUCCUACUCUUUUCGUUUUUAUAUACUCUUAACAUUAUUGCAUGUACCAGUGUUGCAGCAGGGACAUCACGAAUUGAGAACAAAAUGGAACUAGUCUUGGACACGAAAGGAUAAGAUAACUGCAGUUUUGCACAUCAAUAGAAGGACAUGCCCAGUACAGAAAUUGCAAAAUAUAAAUUGGUUAUAAUGUCAAAUUUCUCCAGAUGAUUUGUUAUUGCAACUAACAAUUUAAAAUAAUAUAAUAAACCUACAAUAUCUUAAAUAGUCCUCAACACUCCUCAAAAUUCCAUAUCUAGGGUGCCUGAAAACUGUACAAAAAUAGUAUUAUUCUAGUCUAAGCUCCUUAAUUUCUUGCAAAAGCUAAAAUCAAUUGCACUACUACAGCGUAUACCUGUGCUAACCCAACACAACACACUGCAUUUAAUUGUUGGACCUUAAAAGACCUUAAAACAUGGUCCCAUUGUGCUCACUUGUACAUGCAGUCAUCACCAGCUGCCAGUAUAGUUUUUAGCUGUGUUUGUGACCAUUUUGCCGUUACUGUUUGCGAAAGGAGGCGGCCUUCACUUUAACAGUAUUCUCUUCUGUUCGGUAACACUUUUUGACUGACUCAUCUAUAAAUUGAUUGGUGAUUGAUCAAUGGAUUUGACUGACUGUCUGCUUGGUUGCACAGUAAACAAUGAAGGAGAUCUCUGAAUUGGCUUCACUCUGCACCGAUGAACUGAUAAGCUGUUAUCUGUGAAGCCCUGCUCUCCCCUGGGCCUUGUAAAAAGCACUCGGAGUUCCCAGGACCUUAUAGAGACAGUGCACAAAGACACUACGCUGUAUUAUACUCUUUGAUUUGGCAUCAAGGACUGCUGCUGUAGCUCUGAAUGGAGCCGUGAAGCUGGUCUUCAGCGUGACAGACCGUGGGGAACAUUUGGGGGUUAUUUAUAUGAAUGUAAUUGUGUUUUGUCUUGAAGCACCAAGUGUAACUGUGUUUGAACGGUUGUGUUGCCCAUACUGUGUGGGAGUUUGCAGUGUUCUAUUUUUAUUUGCUGUAACAUAAAUGUACAUAUUUAUCUGGUUGUUGCAUAGCUUUUGUUUGGAGACACAACUUACUCCGAUGUUUGGUAGGGAUAUGACAAUGCAGUUGAGAUUUAGAAUGAAAUUUGAGUACACACUUUUCAUACACGUUUUAUGAGUUAAUGCAGUUAAACAAGCUUUCAUCGAGACAAAAUGUGUGUCCCAUCAUAAAAUCAAACAAAUCUAAUAUGUUGGAUAUUCACCUAAAGUAAAUUGGGAUGCGCUAGGGAAAGCCUGUCUUAAAGAAAAUCCAUAAUUUUUUCACCAAACUGCCAUUUUCUAUACUAACCAUUCCUAGACACUGCAUUUAAACUGCGUCUUGUCGAUUGAAAUCUGAACUCCAAAUCUAUUCAUCAUUCACAACACAUUGUCACAUCUGGUGUCUGCCUGUAAAUGUAUUUCAAUUUGUUAACACGAAACAUUUACUCCCUGCCUGAGACCGGAGCCAUGUUGGUGCGGCGCGGCCAUUUUGUGGAGGUACUAUAGCAUCCCUCUGCUCGCUUCUACAGACUAAAGUAAUGACAGCCCCAUCUAUCAGCCACCCCUGUCACCUCCCCAUAAUGGAUCAUAAUGGCACUGCUUGGGACCGUGCAUCUCCAAAACGAGCAAUCGCAUUUCUUGGAGGUUAAUAAAUAGCUGUUAUAAAUUCUCCCGACCUAUACUCCUGCUGGCUGUGUGUGUUCGUGCAUGUGUGAGAAGAGCUUCAUUACACAAUAAGGUCCAAUUGGCCUGUUCCCGGGGUCCCAGCCACAGUUCAGUGCCUCUACACAAAGCAGUGCUGAUGAAACGGCCUUCUGCUGCUGACAAUCAGGAGAAGUAGGUCACCUCUGAAGGCACAUCCCAGAGGGUACAGUCCAGCCUCGAGCGUCCUGGGAGUCCGGACACAUGGGCACGAGCGAUUUCACCUCCCAAAACCUCACAAUAUCACCAAAUCUGGAGUUUAAUUAUGCUUCCAUUGACUGUAAAGGUGAAAGGUGUACUAUGCUGACCUCACAAGUCUGAAAUCUGAAUCGAACAACUGUAUAUUUUAACUACAAAAAGCAACAUCUGUAUUUAUUAAUCAGAAAAAUACUCUUUAUUUUCACUUUACUUACUUUUUGGACUACUUCAAAUGUGUUUAUUUGUAAAAUUGUCUGCCAGUGGAGAUAUUUUGGUCAAAAUACAAUCACUUUUUUGGCAAUAUUACUAAAUUAGUAAGACAAAUGUCCAUUGAAGUCAUUUUAACUUUGCAACUUUUUAAAAUUGAAUAUUUGGUUAAGGUUUGAUUUUGAGCUGACCCCAUAUUUUCAGUUUUUAUAUGAUAUUUUUUAUGUUUUUUCGUGCUCUGUUGCCUAUUACAGAUGUGACCGUUAUGUAAUAUGCCUGUUUCUAUCCAGUUGAAAAUGAACUGGAAUGGCUGGCCAAGCUAAACAUGCAUUUCUGAUCUACCCAAAAGCCUUCCUUCUCCUGGAAUUGUAAUAUUUCUAAGUUAUAUGCUGUUACCUGCCUGUUAUAAUUGAAUGUACAAAAUAUUUAAGCCCUUUACAUGUUUUUACAACUUCAAUAUCAACACUACUGUAGAAUAAUAACUUUUUUUGUCAAUAAAUUUGACUCUAAUGCCA